CAUCAACCACUCGCUGCCAGGGGCGCGCUAUGCACAGGUCACUGCGGGAGGGCGGCCGGGGAGCCCCCCCAUUCCAGCUGGGGGGCGCACGGGCUCCAGGAGCCCGCUGCCCCUCCCCUCGCGGGACGCCGCCGCACGCCUCGCUCUGCGCCUCUCCCGGCUGCGGGGCCGCCAUGUCUCCGCUGCGCUGGGGCGCUUGGCUGCUGCUGCUCGCCGGCCCCGCAGCCUCCUCCGCCAGCCCGGCCGACGAGAGCGGCGGGGCGCGGGGAGGGGGCCGCGGGGACGGGGAGCGGGGGGCCCGGGAGGAGCCGCAGCGGCAGCAGCACGACUCCUCGUACGGCACCUUCGCCAGCGAGUUCUACGAUCUGCGCUACCUCUCCGAGGAGGGUUACCCUUUCCCUACUGCUCCUCCUGUGGAUCCAUUUGCAAAAAUUAGAGUGGAUGAUUGUGGAAAAACCAAGGGAUGCUUUAGGUAUGGUAAACCUGGAUGUAAUGCAGAGACUUGUGACUAUUUUCUCAGUUAUCGUAGAAUAGGAGCUGAUGUAGAGUUCGAGUUGAGUGCUGACACUGAUGGCUGGGUGGCAGUAGGAUUUUCCUCAGACAAGAAAAUGGGUGGAGAUGACGUCAUGGCUUGUGUUCACGAUGAUAAUGGAAGGGUCCGAAUACAGCACUUUUAUAAUGUUGGUCAGUGGGCUAAAGAGAUCCAGAGAAAUCCAGCUAGAGAUGAAGAAGGAAUUUUUGAAAACAACCGUGUGACUUGUCGAUUUAAACGUCCUGUGUAUGUUCCCAGAGAUGAAACUAUUGUAGAUCUUCACUUGAGCUGGUACUAUUUGUUUGCUUGGGGUCCAGCAAUUCAGGGUUCUAUAACUCGGCAUGACAUAGACUCACCGCCUGUAUCAGAGCGUGUUGUCAGUAUUUACAAGUAUGAAGACAUUUUUAUGCCAUCAGCUGCCUAUCAGACCUUUUCUUCUCCAUUCUGUUUGCUUCUUAUUGUUGCACUGACCUUUUAUUUAUUGAUGGGAACCCCAUGAUCACAGCUGGAUAUGUAUGGAAGAUAGUGAGAAUUUGUUAGUGAGAGUUCCUCAGGAUGGAUGAAUUUUCUGUUGGAAUUCAUAUCACAUGAUCGUCUAGCUGCUUUGUUGACAAUUUCAUCUUCUCAGCAAGGAAAUAACCUCUCCUUUGAGCAGUAAUGGUGUGCCAAAUAAUUAAGAGUAAUCAAGGAGCAAGUAACAAACCACUUCCAGUGUAACUACUAGUUGUUUAAUGAAAAAUACUUUUGUAAAAUGUGUGUGUGUAUGUUGGGGGGAAUUUAGUAAUGGACAUAUAGAAUCAAAUUAUUUAAUACACAAUUUCCUUCAGUUCAAGAACUAAACGUUGGGGAAAUAUUGUCUGUUAAAUACUUGUGGUGCAGAUAGCACACCUGUAAGUGCAGUUUCUGAACUCAAAGUCAGGGUAUUGUCCCAGCACCGCUGUUUAAUAAGGACUGCUUUGUGAUAAUGGGCUUUCACCUGCCAAAAUACUUUGAAUUUGACAAAAGCAACUCACAGGUCUAAAUGGUUCUGGUGCUUUCCAAAACCAGAAAAUGCUUCACAUUCCCAGUACAAGCAAAGUUAAACUUUCCAUUGCAGAAUUCUAAUAAUUGUCUGUACUAUAAAAAUAAUUCUUAGACACAGCCAUACUUAAGAAGACAUAGCUAAGCUUUUUAUUAAUGAGAGAUGAUGCUGUAUAAACAAGAAAAAAGAAAAUUAAUGCUGAUAUAAAUUCUUCAUGAUACAGAAAAAUGCCUAAAAGUAUAUAGACUAUAGAAGCCCCUGCAAGCCAUAAGACAUCUUCCAGUAGGCAAAGUAAGUUUCUUUUUUUAUGAAAAAAUGUUAUUUAGAUGUAAACGUCUUUUAAACAGCUCUUUUGCAGUAACCCUAAAGUGUCUGUUCUCACCUUGCUAUCUGCCCUAAAUUCCAUUCAUGUUAAAGAUGAGCAGGAGCAGCAGCUCAUUGUUCCCAGAGCAAUGCAAACAUGAUCUAUGGUACUAAUAUGAAAAUAUGGGAAUAAAUAAAAAGAGCCUUAAUUUCAGUUUCAUCAGAAUCAUAGGUAAAAUCAUAUUUAUCCAAUGAGGAAAAAGACAAUUCAACCAUGAAAAUAGAUUUGAAUUUUCUAUCCUUCAAAGUAUUACAAAAAGGGAAAGAAAAUAGUUAAGUAUUAUUGUAAAUGGGAGUGGCAGAAAUGUAUCAAAUGAAGAAUAGAUCACAACUUAUUCUAAAAUGUUUUGGGUUAUUGCUGUACAUUUUUACUGUCUACAUGAUAGGAAAUUUAUGAUUACCUUAAGCAGGGAAGCAGCUGUCUCUUUAAAUACCUGAUCUUGCAGAUAACACAUGCACAAAUCUUCCAUCCACUCAAAUGGGAGUUCUGCAUGCUUUAGGGUUGCAGGUUCAGUCCCUAAGUUAUACUACGUAUUAGGCUGUUGUACCAAGAGUACACAGUGCUUGACAUGUUUGAGAACUCUUUAGCGCUAUGUACUUGUAGAGUGUCUUAUUAGAGAUGAUGUUUCCAUCUUAGUUAUUGCAUGGUGAGGUAAUAAGAAAAAAAAUAAUUGGAGUUUUGUAAUUUGUGCAUUAUUACUCACAGUAUAAAAUUCAAAGGUUGAUUUUUUUCAAGGCUUUGCAUUCCUCGAAACUGUGUGCUUAAAGUAUGUAAAUUUUCGGUUUAAAUGGUUAUUUACCUCCCUAGCAAGCAUUUUGUUCAUAUUUAAAAUUGCAACAUUUGUUUAAAAAAUGGAGUAUUAAUUAGAAAAGUUUACACUUUAAAGUGCUUCAUAAAUAGUGACUUUAUCUUAGUGCAUUUCAGUAAGUGAAUCCUCUAUACCUGAUUAACCAACUAAUUAAAUAUGUGAUAUAGUUGUAGUGGGUCAGAUCCUUGUCCCUGAUAAGGUCUGCUUCGUGGAACUCUGGGAACAAAUCAUAGCCUUAAUGUGUUCUAAGCAGACAGCUGAGAUUCUUCUGGUGUAGCAGAAUCCUUUGAUGGCAUAGAUCUGGGUAGCUGGCUCUAUGCCAUAGUCUCUAACACUGGAGAGAAGAAUGUGGUCAAAGCAUGCUGUGUGUCCCAUGUGCUGCUUAAAUUACAGCAAGGAGCCUGUUCAGCUCCCAGCCCAUGGCCAGUUUUACUACCAGCAUAAGUUAAAGCAGUCUCUGGCCUGCUCUAAUUUAGAGGCACUUACAGUAGCCCACAAGGGGCUGUUCCAGCAGCUAUAGAUUACUGGAGCAUAACACAAACCUACCUUUGCUCUCCUGCCUCCACUUGACUCCUGGCUGGCCAUCAAAAUUGAGGUCAGUAUAUACAAAGACAGUAAAAAUAACACUAAGGUACAAAGAGAUUUAAUCAACCUGACAAAAGUAAACAGAUUCAGAGCUGAGGCUAAACCUUUGCACUUAUUGUAUUCCUUUGUGUCAUGCUCGGAGAAUAUACACUAUUUCAGAUUACAGAGCUUUCAGGGCUGGUGGCUGAGCCUAUGCCGUACAUUAAGGCAAACGUUUGCCUUCACUUUCAGAUUCUGUUUUUGUGAGUUAAAGGUUCACCCUUUACCUGAGAUUAAUGUUUUGUUUUUUUUUUGGUUGUACUUUCCUUUUGUUCAGAUAUUAGUAGCAGUAUGCACUUGUAUAGCACCAAGGAUCUCAAAGUGAUUAGCUGGCCCUAUUUAGCCUUCCUUAAUAAUAGAGAAAAAUACAGCAAGUCUACCAAAAAAAAAAAGAGAGAGAGAGAGAAACUAUACUACUCUUCAGCUUUUCAACUGAUGUUUGAGUUUGUGUCUAUUAAUUAUUAUUCUACUAUACCAUAAUUUUACAUACUUUACUGAUAUUAAAAAGGCAUAAUCCCCGCCCCAAAGAAUUUAAAGUUCAAGGGGGGAUGGAAAAGGGUUUAAGGAGAGUGGAAGGCUACAAACAGCCAUUGAGGAUUAGAGGUAUAAGAGUGGAUAAUAGUGGAAAAGUAGAACUGCUUGGCCAAGAACAGAGCAGAAGGAAGAAAGAACAAGCCUAUAGGAAAGAAAGUUGGCAAGAUCAUGGGACUUUCUCCAUGAGCAUCUCUACAGAGCAGGAGCAGAGAUAAUAAAGGUGAGGAGAGAAACAAGGCUGGGAACUUAACAUAUAUUCUAUAUUGGAAAGAUAUUAUCUAUAGCAAAGUCCCCUUUUCACUACAGCAUCACUGCAAUCUUGCUUCCUAAAUGGAAGGUGUCUCCUACUACCGAAUAACAGAGACUUCUGACAAUGCCUAUCACCCACCCUCUCCCCCAAGUCAGAAUAGGGUACAUGGUAGUUAAAGUAGCACCAGGUUGGAAAUGAAACAUCAGAAGCAACCCAGUUUCAGAAUUUUCACCAAGUAAAGUUGCUUGGACUGCUAAUAUUUGGAGAGGACAGGAAAAGGGUGAAACUGCAGCAACGCUGUAAUUAGGUUUGGAAAGAUUAGAUUUUUAUCAGUAAAUGUAAAUAAACAUUGAUUUCAACACACACCCAGAAACCAACAAAAAAUAUUUCCAUUUAUGAGAACUGAAAUUUACAGAUAGGCAAAAUUCAGCUUGAACACUUGUUAGAGUUUGAUUUAAGGAUAUGUACUUCGUAUAUUUUUAAGUGGUGAUGUUGAUAAUUUGUGUUAAUGGUUAUAAAGUUUUAACAUUUUGAAUUUCCAAUUCUGCUGCCAUUAAAUAAUUGUCUUCCUCCCCAUAAUUUCCCAAAACUGUGAAAAUUUAAAUCAAAUAAAAAUGGGGGGGAAAUGCUUUAACUCUAUAAUUGUGCACGACUGUGAAAAUUGAAAAAAAUACUUCAAAAUAAACAUCAAUAUUAUCAGUCAGUUAUAAUACAAAAUUGAAGUCUGCCAAGCCUAACUAUAACAGAGAGGAAAGGUCUGGACUUUAGUGAAAUUUGACUCUUGAUAUAAUACCUCUUCAGUAGUAACUGGGCAUGCCCCGUAACUGUUUCUUAUAUGUUGUUGUUUUAAAUACUAAAAAGCAGUAGUUAGUCCCUGAUAUGAUGAAGUACUGUAAACUUGCUUUACACUUUUUAUUGCUUGUGGAGGGUGCCCUGGAAACUAAAGUCCUCUUUACCCACAGAAGCUGUAUGCAGCAAUGCAUGCUUCUUCAUACCUGCCUAACUAAUGUGUAUCAACCCUGACCAGGAGAGUCAAUCUCUAGGGAGAGGAUAGUUUAGUCUCCAUACCAAAUCAUUUCUUAGCCUACUUACUGAGAUUACUAAUGAAUUGGCCAUUAAAGAACAGUUUCAAAAGGCUUCCAUUUUGUGUACGAGGUGAAUUAAUUGUACAGUUACCUGGCACACAUGCACAAAUGCAGGCACAGGAACGUGCAUGGAAAUUUUGCGUGUACACAAUUAGGAGGCCUUUGGAAAUAUGGCCCUGAUUGUUCUUUUCCAACAUUAUCUGUAUAACCAACAAAAGGCAUUAGUUACCACCUGGGACCAUGUAUCUGUAUAAAAAUUUUUUUUUUUUAGCUGUGAGUUCUGCUUAUUAUGUUAAUCAUAGUGUUAUCUUGUGCUCCCUUUGUCUGUCUUCACCUGUUGCCUCUCAUUUUAUACAUAGAUUGUAAGCUCCUUGGAGCAAGAAUCAGAUUUUUGUUAUGUAUGUACAGUGCCUGGUGCAAUGGGACCCUGCCUUCUCCACGGGGGCCUCUAAAUGCUACCACAAGACAAAUAAUAAAUAUAAUAAUUUGGCCUGUUUUACCCAGAAAGAAAGAAUGAGAUAGGAAAGAGAGAGAAAAAGAAGAGGGAAGGAAAGCACAGCUGAAGACUCCCUUUUUACUUUCAUAAAGACAUAUAAUCUCAUACAGUUUGUUUAUAGUAGAAAAGGUCUUAAAACCUAAAUUACAACAUUACAAACUAAACAGUAUUACUGAUUUUAUGAAGUAUUUAAAUAGAGGGUAAUUCAGUUACCCAAAGUUCAAAAGCAGAAUAACCCUGUUUUCAUACUCGAAAGAAACUGUAUUGGGGAAAACUCUGCCUCUUCCCAUCCCACUCCUCCCCGCCACACACACUUGCUUUGCUGCACUCCAGUGGUACAAAGGGAUAAGAGACAUUUAACUCCCCUGUUAUGGUUAUCCCUAUCUUUAGGAUGUUCCCAGCUGAUGUAAAUGUAGCAGAGCUGUCAUUCAUUUAUGUCACCCUCUGCACAAUCACCACCAUAUGAUGGGGGGAUGAGGGGAGUGAAUGGAACAUGAUGUGCUAGCAGCUAAUCUUUUUGAGACCAUUGCAAACUGAUACAGGUUAAAGAAGCACUCAGGCUGAGCAAAGAAUCAGGAUCUGCAGCCACCUUUCAGCAGAACCCAGAAUAAUUUAGAUGCAGCAGAUAAUAUAGCUGUUAUGUGAUAAAUCCAGUGCAAAUUUAGCACAGACUUGGCUGCUUAAUAAAAUUACAAUUCAUUUCUUUAUGUAAAAGGUCCAGCAUAGAAACCUUGGGAUUGCCAUACCAGAUCAGACUAAUACCACUAUUCUGUCUUUCAUCGUGGCAAUUAUAGAUGCUUCCAUGUUAAGGCUACCCAGAUCAUGGUUUGAAGUCCUUGCUGGACCUCAGCCUGUGCUGCUUAUGCUGCUCCCAGUCAUUGUAGGCAAGUGAGUGGAGAGACUGUGGGGAAAUGGAGUGAGCCAAAUGUGCCUCCUCCCCAGCAAUGUACCAGACAGCAGAGCUGGUGAGUGCAAGGCAGAAUGUAAGCUGUGUCCCUUUCAGAGCUCUCUCAUCUCCUCAGAUCUCUUCCAGGGAUAGUGCAGGUAUGCCUCCACAUAUUCAGGACAGAGGCUAAAAGAUUAUAAAUAAAGCUCUAUUUUUUUAAUGUAUGUUGUCUUUUAACAUCAUUGGAUGCCCCCUUGUUUUGCCACUAUGAAAUGGAGUGAACAGGAAUCCCCACUCUGUCACUCUGAGAGCAGAAGGCGGGGGCCCGCAAGGGUUCUAAAAAUUAAUACUCACCACUCCAGGCUUGUAUUAAACUCCCAUAGUUACAGCUUUUCUCUUGGCUUGGUAAAUGCUGCCACCACCCAAAUGCAAAAAAAAAACCAAAAACCCUUUGAACCCAGGAAGGAGCACUUGGGAAUUCCUCCCUGUGGGGUACCCUCAAGGGGAAGAGCUGAGAAAGAAAACAAAGGAAAUUAGCUGAGGCUAUCAGCUAAUCAAACAACAUGCACAAACCUCGUAGGACACCAAAAAUCCAGUCCUGUUCUUAAUAAAGUUAAAUUUUUUAAAAACAAAAGGGAAAAAAUACAUCUGGAACUUAGGCUUUUGCUAGAUUUUAAAGGAGCAAUUCCAAAAAUAAAGCACCCAAAAUAGCUUUCUUGGGGGGUUCAGCUUAAAGGUUACAAACAACCAAAAGCAUCAGGGGGUUAGCACAGAGGAGAUCUACAAGUCUUAAAAAAUAAAUAAACCUGAUCUAGCUAAACAUUCUAAUCUACUUACACAUUUGGACUUUCAGAUAAGUAGUUCUAGGUAUGAUCUGAUGAUUUAUGAUCAUACCUGGCUUAAAGCUAUACACAGCAUUUCUGCUGCCCCUCUGUAGGAGUUCCUGCCUGACUAUCUUUAUACCACUCAUUAUUUUCUCUCUCUCAUGUGUCACCUCCAGCUAAUAUCCCCAAAUAGAACAAACUUGGUUCUGCUUAGAACUGUGUCAGAAGGAACCAUGUGCUUUUUCCUUCCCUAGAAGCUGGCUGCAAAUAGCACUGUAAAAUUACAGAAAAGGAGUAUCAUUUUUUUUCCACGGAGAUCCAUUGUGGGAGUCCUAAUAUUAUUGAAAUGGUUGUACAUACACUGUAUAAUUUGUCUAGAACCUGGAACAGCUGGAGGAAACAAAGUUAACUAAAUAAAACUUAUAAACGUAUAUAUUCUGCAUGGAUACAAUCAACAACAUUCAUUUAGACCCUGAUCUUAUAAUGUAUAGACAGUGGGUGCAAGCAGUCUGCACACAUGCUACACAUUGCGGAAUGCAAGCAUCAGUAAGUAUUUUUAGAAUAAAAUGGGUAAACAUUUAUUUAGUAUAAUCAUAAGAUAUUGUUUAAUCAAUAAGGAGGAGAUUAAUUAUUUCUUAUACUUACUGCUUUCUCUUAAGUGUUUGAGGUGUUUACUUAAGAUCGGAUUAUGUCACCCUUAUUCACAUUAAUUAAACUACUCAAUAUGUAUAAGAGAGGCAGAAUCUGAUCCUAAAGAAAAUUCAACUUUUAUGUAGAUUCUCUCCAGGCCGAUGCAGACUAAAGACUACAUUCUUUGCUAAAAUACAUAUUCACAUAAAUCCAGAAUUUGACCCUAAAGCCUUGAAUCUGCCCUUUAAGAUAUGGAAACACAUCACUGGGUACAGGAUCUUGACAAAUCAGCUACUGGCCAUUUCACAGGGGACAGCUCUAUAUGCCUGAGUAUCAGGAUGGAACUCAGCUCUGUAUCUGUGCUCAAGGGCUUUCAUUGCAGAUCAUGUAUUUACCCGAAUUUAAUCUCAUUGUGUUAGUGGCAUUUCUGCUGUGUUGUAUCAGAGUUGCAUUAGGAUCUGAUACAACACUAAAAUAUGCCCAUCUUCUGUGUGGAUACUUCUAACAGGUCCUGGAAGCUUUAAAAAAAAUGUCAAAUUUCCAGUGCAGAAGGCAGUCAAGGGAAAUAAAGAUUAUAUAUUUGUGUAUUAUGUACCAGAUUUUUAAAACCUGCCCUCUGUUUCUGCAUUCACUGUUAUUUGUAUGUGUAAUUUAGAUGUCUUAAGUAUCUGAUUUUGCACACAAAUAUGGUAUAGAUAACCCCAGUUUUUCUGAACCUGUUUUCUCUAGAUCUGUGUGUUGUUGGUAAUAUAUUUUAUAUCUACACACACAAAUUAAAUAAAUGAAAAGCAAAAUUCAGUUUUUACAUAGAUUAGUUUUUGGAUAUCUUCUAAGACCUUUGUAAAAUCAGCUAUAAUUGUAUUUGUGUCUAACAGAUCUAAAUUGAGCCACUGCUAGACUGUGAGUCACAUAAUAGAGCAUAGUACCAACAUAAGAUGAGUGGAUGAUAGGUGUGAAGAAGGAGUAUGAAAAUGUAGUAACAUUACUUUCUUUUAAAGUGCAAAAUGAGUUACAAAUAUCAACCAAAUCAGCAUAAUAAAUAGUAUGAAAUGUAUUUAUUUUGGGUUCAUGUUACACUCCUUCAGAAAUACAGUUCCUUCCCCGAUUUUACUAGAGUAAGGGAAGGGGAGCAUUCUUCUAAUUUAGUGUUCAGUAUGUAUUCAACAUGACCUUACAAAGUCUUUAAAAGUGGUACUGCUGAGUUUUUAAGGCUAAAUUUGGCUUAGCUUAAAACUUCUACUAGCUGGUUAGGAAUCUUUGGUUUUAGGAUUCUCAAUCUAUUGUCCUGAUAUGGUAUGGCAAUCCCAAAGUUUCUAUGCCAGACCUUUUACAUAAGCAAAUGAAUUGUAAUUUUAUUAAAAAGCCAAGUCUGUGCUAAAUUUGCAUUGGAUUUAUCACAUAACAAUGUUGAGAAUAUUUUAAGAACCAUUUCCAGCAGCAGAUGACUAGUAACAGUAACCAAAUUUUUUAAACUUGAAAUCUAAAAUUACAACUCCAAAUCCAUAUUUACAUUCCUAAAUUAGUCGGAUUUUUCAAAAGUGCUAAGGAACUGCAACUCCCAUUUGACUUCAGCGGCUACUCAUGAUAAAAACUGCACUGUAAUCACUAUGUGUAGGGGUGAAUCCGAAGGCAGUUACAUAGACUCUUUACCUUUUAGAUCAUUCAAGUUCAAUAAUUCAAGGUAUUUCAGAUUCUGAAAAUGGAAACAUUCAAUGAAUAGAUAAAUAAGUCUUUGAUUCUGUGGAAAAGAAUACAAAUAUUUUUGCAUCUUUUCAUUGUAAUGCUCUUCUACACAAAGGUUAGAAAAAUAAAAAAUAAAAGCAACUUCCCUGUCAGUGUUAAUAUUUAAAUAAAGUAAUUUUGCUUUAGGCUUUUUGGUUUUGUAGAAAUCAGAGAAUCCAGUAAGAUGGUUUUAGAAUGAAAAGUAACUGGGAGCAUGCUCUGGAGAGUACAAUAAAGCAAACCACUUUACAGCACAGGUUCAUUAACCCUUUUAAUCUUAUUUUCAAGGGAUAUUUUUCCCCGCCAAUACUAUAUAUUUAUAGUGUAGUAUAUAUUUUUUUCCACCAUGAAGGAAAAAAGAAGUUUGGGGAUAAGAGAAUAUUGUAUAUAAAAUUAGUAGAAUUGGAGGUGAAAUGUAGAUGCCACAUUAAAAUCUAGGAAUAUCAAAGUUUAUAUUAUCAGCGAUAAUGAUGAGAAUUUCUUUAAGCAACUAUAUCGGCAACUAUACCAUGGCAAUACUAAAGUGAGUGGUAUUAUAUACAGCAGUGAUUUUUUUUUUCUGAUUUCACAUCUGAUGAUAAAGUAGUAACAAAAAAUACAGCUACCGUCUAUUUUUUUCAAAGCUGAAAAUAGUACCAUGUUUACUGAAAGAAAAUCAAGGGCAAAAUUCAUAUUGGUUUCAAUAGAGUCAGGAUUACACCCUAAAGAUGUUUCCAGCCUUGACUAAAGAUGGACAUUUUUGUUCCCAUAUAUUAAAUAUCAACAGUUCUGUUUAGAUUAAGACAAAUGUCUGGUUGAACUCAGUAUUUCUAGUUAGUGCAUUCUGAGGUCUGGUUUGCUUCAGACUUUUUGUGUGAUUAAGACUGUAAAAAGUAUGCUAACUCUUGCCAGUUUGUUCAGUAUCAUAUGAACUGUAAAGAAUGUAACUUAUGCCAGCAUUAAAUUUUAAUUUUGUACAACGUUUGUGCUAAAAAUGAAAUUUUAGUCUAAAUAAUUUAUAUUCACAUGAAACGUGUACCUACAGUAUUUAAUAUUAAGCAUGCUCUUCAUUCUCUGUCUUGAGCCCAGUCCUCCAUUCCUUUCCAGCUCCUGUUUGAAGUCAUUGAGUACUUUGUUUGGUGAGAGUGGAGGAAUAGGCUCAUUGAGGUUUGGUUGUCAAAUACCUGGACAGAAGUUCUUAAAAAUAAACUUUUAUGUUAAUGCAUUGGAAUUUGCAGAAAGAUAAAACUGAACAAAUAGUGAAAUUAUUUUCACCAACAGGACUAUUUUAUAAAAAGUGCAUGCCCUAAAACAUUGCUUUGUAAUAUUUGUUUUAUACUAAUUGCGUUGUUGAUGUUCUAGUGGACUUGGUUAAUUGUCUGACAAUAACAUAUGCAAAUAUUUAUAAACCUGUUAUAGUAAAUGCCUUUUUACUGUAAGAAAUUAUGUGGUAUGGCAUUUAUAAAGAAACACAGACUUUACAGCUAAAA